UAAUUUUUAAUUGCUUUCAGGAAGACAUACAAGUGAACUGCUAUUUAAACUGUGAUCUCAUUUGAUAGUCUCUUGAAUAGAACAGUCACUAAUCCUUUUUUUUUUUCUUGGCCCGCUGACCCUUUCAAUACUUUGAAUGUGUAGCACAGCUUCUCGAUCAUGGCUAUAUUCUGUACAUGGCUAUGGAGGUAUCGGAAUUAUACUGUGAUAGUUCUCACACCGCUCCUACUGCUGCCUCUGCCUCUCGUCAUCCCCACCUCGGAGGCAAAAUGUGGCUUUGUGAUCAUCCUAAUGGCUCUGUACUGGUGUACGGAGUGCAUCCCUCUGGCUGCAACGGCCCUGCUCCCUGUCAUUCUUUUCCCCAUGAUGAAGAUCAUGGAGUCAGAUGAGGUGUGCAUCCAGUACCUGAAAGACUCCAACAUGCUCUUCAUUGGUGGGUUGCUGGUGGCCAUCGCUGUGGAGCACUGGAACCUACACAAGAGAAUUGCCCUCCAGGUCCUGCUUUUUGUCGGUGUCAAACCUUCGUUCCUGAUGAUCGGCUUCAUGGGCACCACAGCCUUCUUGUCCAUGUGGAUUAGUAACACGGCGUCCACGGCCAUGAUGCUGCCCAUCGCCAACGCCGUGCUGCAGCAGCUCAGUGACUCGGAAGCCAACGCUGAAGAAAGAGCUCAGGAUCUCCAGGCUGCCAGGCACGGCAUGGAAAACCAGGGCUUUGAGAUGAAUGACACUAAUGAAUGCAAGGAGGUUAAACAGAAGGGCAGCAGCAUCAACAUGGAUCGAGAUAACGUGGAUGUGACAGACAAUGAUGUUUCAAAGGGUUGCGCUUGGAGUCCAGAGAUGGCAGAACAGCGUAGAAACAAGCGGGAGCAAAAGUACAUGAAGCUGACCAAAGGCAUGAGUCUGUGUGUGUGUUAUGCAGCAAGCAUCGGAGGGACAGCUACACUCACUGGAACCACACCCAAUGUCAUCCUGAAGGGCCAGAUUGAUAAACUUUUUCCGGAAAAUGGUGGUGUCAUCAAUUUUGCAAGCUGGUUUGGCUUUGCAUUCCCCAACAUGAUUCUCAUGCUGGCCUUAGCUUGGUUGUGGUUACAGUUUAUGUUUCUGGGCCUCAAUUUCAAAAGGUCAUUUGGAUGCGGUGCAGAGAGCGCAGGUGACAAGGAGGCCUACCAGGUAAUCAAAGAGGAGUACAAAAGGUUGGGCAAGAUGAGCUUCGCUGAGGCCAGUGUGCUGGUUAUCUUCACGCUGCUGGUUCUUCUGUGGUUUACCAGGGAGCCUGGCUUCAUACCAGGCUGGGCCACAGUUCUCUUCAACCAAAAUAAAGCUUACGUCACAGAUGGGACCGUGGCUAUUUUAAUGUCAGCACUGUUCUUCUGCAUCCCCUCCAAAUUUCCCAGAUGUGGCGGGACAUCUGAGGACGGAGGCCCUGCUGAAGCUGCGCCUCCUCUUCUUACUUGGGAAAUUGUCCAUGAAAAGAUGCCUUGGAACAUCCUUUUACUCCUGGGAGGAGGAUUUGCUUUAGCCCACGGUAGUGAGGUGUCUGGGCUGUCCACGUGGUUAGGGGAAAGUCUCGUACCACUGCAGAGCAUCCCUCCCUUUGGUAUCUCCAUCCUGCUGUGUCUGAUGGUGGCCAUGUUCACGGAAUGUUCCAGCAACACUGCUACCACCACCCUGUUUCUACCGAUACUCGGUGCCAUGGCCACCGCCAUUAAGAUCCACCCGCUGUACGUAAUGUUUCCCUGCACCAUCGCUGCAUCUCUGGCUUUCAUGCUGCCUGUGGCCACGCCCCCCAACGCCAUCGCCUUCUCCUACGGCAACCUUAAAGUCAUGGACAUGGCCAAAGCUGGGUUCAUCCUGAACUUCCUUGGAGUCCUGACCAUCAAUAUUGGCAUUAACACGUGGGGGGUGGCCAUGUUCGAUCUGAACACCUUCCCCAGUUGGGCAAAUGUUACUAAUAAUCCUUGAAUUUAAUUUCAGGGAAAAACUGCACCAUCAAAUAGCGCUUUUUUCUUUGCAUCAUCAAAUUGUGCUCAAUUGAGCUUAUUGAACAUUUAGGCCAAUCACGGCCAAAUGGACAUGUGGCUGCAAACACUGGGACUAAUUUUUGUAAUAUUUUCAAAUAAAUGAGCACAAUACAGUGGAGCAAAUCUCUAGUUAGUCAGGCCGAUUAGAACUUGAUGUUCCUGAAGUCACACACUAUAUAAAAUUAUAGUAUUUGAUCCACAACCACACACAACCUUGCCAUGAUACAUUUUUGGGCCACUGCACAAUCCAAGAGCAUCCAAUGCAAGAGCUUUAUCGAACAAAUCUGCCUUUACAAAAAUAAUAAUGCUCAGUUUUGAUGACACUGUCAGAGAGAUAUUAUAAUUAGCAGUAUGUUUAAUAUUAUGGCUGUAGAACUGUAGCAGCUGUUGCUAAUAGUGUGUCUUAUUUUGUUAGAUUACACCAGGGUCAACUUUUCAAAACAGUUCCAAAUAUGAUGCACUGUACCUCUACAACAUGCCCACAAUAAAAAUUAUUAUGUUAACAGCUCUUUUAAAACUAUCAAUCAAAACUGAGCAAUUGUUAUUUCUGUAGAGGCAAAAUAUUUGAUACAGCUUUUUUUUUUAAUUAUUGGAUCUUAUUAGAUUGUGCAAGUGUACCUAAUAGUGUUCAAACAGUGUUCAUACAUGAUUUCUCACUCUACUGUUUUCCUAAUGUGCACAUUCAAUUGUACUCACGAGAAAAGUCCACAUUUUUUUGGUUUUCUUUUUUCAGUCAACUGUAUAUUUUAAUAUUCUCCUAGGAAGCAAGUUAAGUGUUAUUGUUUGGCAUACUGAGGUUACAUGUGAGCUUAUAUGUUUCAUAUGAAUUGGGCCCUGACCUUGACCAUAUGGAAUAAUACGAACGAAAUGUGAUUUUUGAAAGUGUUGUCGUUGCUUUAAACUUGAUUGUAACAUUUUUUUGUGUGUGCAAGUGAGUUAUGUUGAGCUUCCAAGACAAUAAAUGUGUAUAAGAGAA